GCCAGACAGUCCAAGAACAUCAAAGUAUUGGUUUCUCCAAAAGAGAGUAGUUGACUUUCUGAAAAAUUGAAAAUCCCAUUUUUUUUUCUGAAUCAAAAUUCAAUUCCAAUGGAUCUGAUAUCUGAACUCCCAGACCCCAUUUUGCAGCACAUUCUUUCAUUUCUCCCCAUCAAACAAAUUGUUCAAGCCACUAUCUUAUCCAAAAGAUGGAGCCAUCUUUGGUUCACUUUCCCAUCUUUUGAAUUUGACACAAACUUCUUUCAGUUUGAACCCAACUUAUUAGAAACCAAACAAUCAGCUGAAAACAAGAGACUUCAGCUCAUCAACUUUGUGGAACAAACUCUCAAGCAGCUGAAAUGCCUCAGGAAGUUUACGCUUCAUACCGACUUCCCAGGGCCGAACUCAGCGACCGUCGUCGACCAGUGGAUCGACUACGUGCUCAAGAACGGCGUCGGGGAGCUUGAGAUUGUUGUGACAGUGGAAAAUGGCAAAAGGUACAAUCUGCCUCAGAGAGUUUUUGCAAACCAGUCAUUGACAGUUUUGACAGUUGGUGAUUGCAAAUUGUGUCCUCCAUUUGAGGGAUUAAAGUUGUUGAGUAUGAAAAGGGUAAGCCUAUUGGGAGUUUUUGCUGAAGAUGAGAUUGUAAAAAGAUUAGUCUCAAAUUGUCCUCUCAUUGAGCAUAUCAAACUCAAUUCUUGCCUUGGACUGAGAAGUCUUUGGCUAUGUGAAACUAAUGAACUCAUAACAAUGGAGGUUCAAAACAAUAGUGGGUUGUAUGAGAUUGGGAUCGAAGCCAUGAAUCUUCAAGCUUUUGAGUUUAGAGGGCAGUUUCAGCCUUGUUGUAUCAAUAUCAGCUCUUGCAAGAAUCUAAAAACUUUGAAACUUUCCAUGGUGGCUAUAAAAGAUGAUUGGUUCCAUGAUUGUAUCUCUGAAUUUCCUCUGCUUGAGAUGUUGGCUCUGUCUUAUUGCCACAUGUUGGAGAGCUUGAGAAUCUCAAGCCCCCAUUUGAAAAAAUUCAUCUUGUGUGGAUGUGAAUCAGUGACGAGAGUUCACAUCGACACUCCGUGUCUAUCGGUGCUCGAGUUUUCUGGGGAUGUGAUUUCUUUCUCUCUAAACGCUCCUGCUCUCUCGCAAGCCAAUGUCGAGCUCUCCCCACGGAUUUUCGAUAAUCCAUGGUUUGUUAAACAGAUUGAAUUCUUAGCACAUUUCAAUCAUCUCAAAGUCUUGACAUUGCAAAGUCGAACAGGAAAGACUGUGACUGUUCCACAGGAGCUGAGGGAGACAUUUGCUUCCCCUUUAUAUGGUGUGAAGCAUUUGAAACUUAAGAUAAUAAAGCCUUUGUUUAGUCCUUCUCUUAAAGAUCUUGUGGAGGCUUUGCUUUGGAUUGCCCCUCAACCAGACACCAUCACAAUAGAAUCUGGUUUUGGUAAGAAGAUUUUAAAGUUUGUAUAUGAAAAGGCAACAAAUAUAGCAGUUCAUCAUUGUUGCUGUGCCUCUCUUCCCAUUACAUGUUGGAAGCAUUCCUUAAAAGAGUUGAAGUUUGAGAAUAUUAGAGAGGAUGAAGAAAUAAAUAAUUUAAAGAACUUUUUCCAUGAAAAUGCAGAGUUGUGUUGCAUAAUUUGAAGAUGGAUGGUUGACAUAUCAUCAUAAAAAAUUAAUCCCAUUUCAUCAAUUUAAUGAAUGCCUUGUAUAUCUCUCUUUAAUAAACAUUAUUUUAAUUAAG